UAAAUCACUAGGCUAUGAAAAGGUGUUGUUUCGUUUCUGGUCACCAAUGCCAUGACGACAGACAGACAGAAUAUUAAGAGGAAGUCAUGUAAUUGGAGAACUUUCUGUCCAGUGUUUUCAGGAGGUGGACCCGUAGAACUUCUCCUCCCACGGGUGACGCGGUGGGCAGUAAACAUCAUUUGACAUCACUUCCGUGUUCUCAGGUAGACUGUGGACACUAUUGUAACUUGCUAUUUUAAACGACGUCGUCUGUUACUAUGUCUCCUUUUUUUGUGAUUUAACUAAAAAAAAAAAAGCCUGAUCGCUCCAAGGAAGUUUCUGGAAACUUUCGAAAAUGUCUGACGCCGAUUCAGAAGGUGACAUGUGGUCGACUCCUCUCAUUGCGCUCAAUGUGAGUUUUAGGAAAAAGUUGGGACUUUAUCUGAACCCCAGAAACACAGUGGCCGCGGACUGGAUGGCUGUUGCAGAGGUCAUGGGCUUCUCUUAUCUGGAGAUCAAAAACUACGAAUCUUCAAAUAACGCCACCAUGAAGGUUCUGGAGGACUGGCAGGCUCGGUCUUCAGAUGCGACGGUGGGAAAGUUGUUGUCAAUCCUAAAGGAGGUGGAGAGAAAGGACAUCGUGGAAGAUCUCCGUCCUUUGAUAGAUGAAGAUGUCAGGAGGUAUUGGGAGCAACAGAAGAAGAGGAAGGCUGAGCCCCCAGUUCAGGUUCAUGAGGUGGACAGCUGUGUCCCUCGUCCCACCGGUAUCACCCUGGAGGAUGACCCUGAAGGUGCUCCUGAACUGUUUGAUGCCUUCAUCUGCUACUGCGAGAGCGACAUUGAGUUUGUCCAUGAGAUGAUCCGGGAGUUGGAACAGACGGAGUACAAGCUGAAACUGUGUGUGUUUGACAGAAAUGUCCUCCCAGGCUCCUGUGUUUGGACCAUCACAAGUGAACUCAUUGAGAGGAGGUGCAAGAGGAUGGUGGUUGUGAUCUCAGAUGAAUACCUUGACAGUGAUGCCUGUGACUUUCAGACCAAGUUUGCUCUCAGCCUCUGUCCUGGAGCUCGAAGUAAACGGCUUAUCCCAGUGGUGUACAAGUCAAUGACAAAACCGUUCCCCAGCAUCUUACGCUUCCUCACCAAAUGCGACUACACCCGGCCUUGCACGCAGGCCUGGUUCUGGGUACGGCUGGCCAAAGCUCUUUCACUGCCAUAAUCAUGGACCUCCUUAAAAUCAUGGAGUUAAAAGUUGCCUUAUUAUUCCAUCAAAAUGUGUCAGGCAAUGCCCAAACAUCACAGGUUCAACUUUGUGCUAUUUCUUCGUGAUCUUCAUCCUACUGGUUUCUGAAUGUAGUUCUCAUUCACUCUGUGUAUUUGUUAGUAGAAGCAAGCAGUGUUUGAGUGCUACUAUACUGUAUGAAUUUCCUUUGAAAAUGACAGUGAUUUCUGAAUAUUAUCAUCAUGAAACUCAAAUUGCAAACACUGCACACAGCUGUUAUUAUGCCAAUCAAAUUUCAAGAAUACCCUAUGUUGUAUUGUAUUUAUUGAACGACAUUGGUAUCUUGUGAUUCAGCAUGUAUUAAAUGCUCUGUAAAAAGCUUUUGCACGGGCCACUUCCUCUUUUGAAACAACUUCUAGAUGAGAUAAAAGUUUGAGAGGAAGAGAUAUUGUGAUACUUUCGAAAGCUCAGUUUUACUGAUUGCUGACAUCUGCCUCUCUCACUUUCUCUGUUACCAUGAUAUCCUCCCAUUUGAUUCUCUAUUUUUGUAUGUGCUCUUUUUUUAUGCCUGUUUAAUAAAACGUGAAUUUAUUCUUCCUUU